AUGGAUGAGAAGGAAGAGCUGGAGGCUACGUCGACAUCGUCGACGCCGAGCGCCAGUCUUCCGUCAUAUGCGUCGUCGGCACAGCUCUACUGCGCGAUAUGUACAAACGAGAUUCUGCCAGCGGCGGUGGUGGUGGCUGAGGAGAAGAAACAGCAAUUGGGAGAGGAAGCUGGGGAGGUCCUUCCGAGGAGCACGAUGCAGGAAUGCUGUGGGAGGGCCGUCUGUGGCGAUUGCGUCGAUGCAAACCCCCGCUUCGCCGCCUACUGUCCCUUCUGUCAAUCCCUACCCUCAAAAGCCAGAGUCGAAGCCGCGCCAACCACCACCACUUUCCGCCCCCUCCCCCCACCCUACACCUCCGAUCCGCCUCCCCCGCCGCCCUCCUAUCCCAGCGGCAGCAGCAGCAGCGGGGCAGUCGUCCACCACUACAUCCGCCCCACCGACAGCCUCCUCUCCAUCUCUGUCCUCUACAACCUGCCCGCGCAGACACUCCGCCUGCACAACCGCCUCUACAGCGACCACCUCCUGCACGCGCGGCGCACACUAGAGAUCCCGCAUCCGUACUCCGGCCCGUCGCUGUCGCACCCGCCGACGGAGGAGGAGGCCGUAGAGGAGGCAAGAAAGUCGGCGGUGAAGCGCUUUCAGGUGCGCACGAAGUGUACGGACUGGGAGGCGGCCGAGGUGUAUUUGAAGGAGGUGGAGUGGGACGAGGCGGUGGCGCUGAGGAGGUGGGAGGCCGACGAGAGGUGGGUGAGGGAGAAUCCGAUGGUGGAGAGGGGUGUUGGGAAGGGGAAGGGGAAGGAGGUGGUGGGGAAGAGGAAGAGGUGGGGGUUGAGGGCUUUUGGGUAUUAG